GCCCCUCCCUCGCGCCGGGCGGUGCCGCUCGUCCCGCCCCCGCCGCGCUCCCAUUGGUUGGCGCUGCCCCGCCAGUCACGGUUCUCGCGCGCCCAUUGGCUGUCGCCGGCGCGAGCGUUGCGUCAGGCCGCCCUUAAAGCGGCGCGGCGCGGGGGCCAGGGCGCAGCGCGGGACGAUGCGGACGAGGAUGAGCCGGGGGCAGCGAGCGGAGCGGGGUCGGGGGGAGCCGGGACCACCCAGAAAGGCAUCCAGGAGAAAGUGCGUCCUCGCCGACCACCACACCUGAGAGCAGGUAAGGGCACAGCCCCCGCCCUACGCACACCGCCGUUGGGUCCCGGGGCCGGCCCGGGCGCCGCGGCUCCCGCCGGGUCACCCCUCACUCCCUCCCGUCCCUCCGCAGCCGCGCCGGGCCCAAGGUGACAAUGGCGGCCGAGGGGCUGUGGGGGCCGGGCGGCCCCCCCGGCUGGGAGCUGGAGGGGUGGUACCAGGACCUGCAGGAGGUGCUGGCGGCGGAGCCCCCCGGGACCGCCCCCACCUGGGGGCCCGAGCAGGCGGAGCCGGGCCCGGGGGGCUGCGGGCUGGACCUGGCUCUGGCCGAGGAGCUGCUGGAGCUGCUGGGGCCGGAGGCAGCGGCUCCGGCGGAACCCGCGGCCCCCGGCGGGAGCGGCGCGGCCCGGCCGGGCCCCGCCGAGGAGGCGGAAGAGGAGGAUGAGGAGGAGGAGGAGAAGGCGCGGGGGGCGCGGAGGAAGCGGCGCGGCGGCCCCGCGGCCCCGCGGCAGCGGGACGGGGAGCGGCGGGUGCGGGAGCUGACGGCGCACAACGAGCGGCUCCGCGCCGAGAUCCAGCGGCUCAGCGCCGAGGUGCAGCGCACCCGCGCCGCGCUCAUCGACCGCAUCGUCAACCUGCGCCGGGCGUAGGGACACCGACCUGCCCCGCGCUACGAGGACUCUGCUGCCCCACGGACUGCGGGGGCAGCCCCAUGGACAGAUGGACGCUGCGGACAGACAAGUGGAUGCAGCUUCUCCACGCCACUGUACAGCUCUUGCCGUUUAUUACACGCGUGUAACCACA